GUGCCAAUAAUCGUCUCAUUACAAGUCAAGCAAAUGCUUCAUUUUGCAAUAAAAGUUAACAAAUUUCUAUGACGUAGGAAAAUAUUUAUUAAAAAAUGAGGUGUGUACAGUGUAAUUGUGUCUUGAAGUAAAGAAGAGCACCUGAAACGCUGUGUUUAGUUCCAUCAAACAAUCCAUGGCUGCCGCUACCCAAAUGCAACAAGAAGAUGAAAACGCCACCUUCUUCGUAGCGGUUCACGUCGGCGCGGGAUACCACGCGCCUUCCAACGAGAAAGCCCUCAGGUCCGCCAUCAAACGCGCUUGUCUCGCUGCCGCUUCACUUCUCCGCAAGGGUUCUGGUAGAUGUAUAGAUGCUGUUACGGCUGCUAUUCAAGUCUUGGAGGAUGACCCAAGCACGAAUGCGGGUAGAGGCUCCAAUUUGACAGAAGAUGGUCAUGUAGAAUGCGAUGCCAGUAUUAUGGAUGGAAGUUCUGGAGUUUUUGGAGCUGUUGGAGCAAUUCCAGGUGUCAGAAACCCCAUCCAGGUUGCUGCUUUAUUGGCCAAGGAGCAAAUGAUGGGAUCUUCUCUGUUGGGCCGAAUACCUCCCAUCUUCCUGGUUGGUGAAGGUGCCCGCAUAUGGGCGAAGUCCAAGGGCAUUGCUUUGACAUCAAGCACGUCAGCUGCUGAUGAGUGGCUGGUGACAGAAAGGGCAAAAGCACAAUGGAAAAAGUACAAAGCAAUGGUAGAUGAUGCAAAAGGAAAGACAGAAAAAUCUGCUUUUGGACUUUCUUGCUGUCCUCAAGAGACUGCUGGAAUGUCAGAAUUAGAAGGUCAGCCAUGUGAUUCUUUGAAGAGUAAUGGGGCUGAAGAUGAUUGCGUCAUGGACACUGUUGGAGUUAUUUGUGUGGAUGCUGAAGGACAAAUAGCUUCUGGUGCCUCAAGUGGGGGUAUUGCUCUGAAGGUUGGUGGGCGAGUGGGAUUAGCAGCAAUGCAUGGUUCAGGUUGUUGGGCAUCCUCCAAAGGUUUUUUUGGGGCCCCAUGUGUAGUUGGCUGUUGUGUAAGUGGUGCUGGAGAAUAUCUAAUGAAAGGAUUUGCAGCUCGGGAGUGCUGCGUCUCUUUGUCACUUUCACAGGCAGGUCCUGCCUCUGCUUGCAUGAAAGUUUUACGCUCUGUUGUUCAAGAGAGUACUCACAAUUGUACUGAUAGAAGUGCUGGAAUUCUACUUGUGCAAGCUGAUGAUCCCACAACAGUUUCAGGAAGUUCUUCAAAGUUGAAAGCUGUAGAGAUUGCAGCUGCUUACUCUUCCUUAUCCUUUGGAAUAGGAUACUUUGGAAGUUCUAUGGAGCGGCCCAAGGUUUCAAUUCUUAGGAGUACAAAAUUGCAAAGCAAAACUGGUGUGGACCAUUUCGAAGCGCGAAUUGACCUUACUGGUGGAAAGCUGCUAUGACUAUCUUCUUUGUUUGAUAUUCUGGAUUUGGCCACUUAUGCUUUGACGUAGAAGAUCAUCUGUGUAUCAAUUGGUUACUAGUUGUACUCCAAAAGUUCUAAAGUAUUGGCUACUCUUCUACUGUUCACUUGUCAAACUACAUUUGGAUGUUUUACAUCAGCAGUACUUCUGAUAUGUUAGCUCUUUUCUCUGGUAUGCGAGAUCUUUCCUUCUUGCAAAAGAACAGGAAAAAAGAAA